AUGAAUCAGAUAUGUCUAGACUCUGGGGGGCAGAUUCAAUCUAUUGUGAUGAAUACAAACUUUCCCAUGAUUCUUUGCGAAGGGCUUGAGGAUCUCUGCAACUCCCUGUUGAUCGGGCAAGAGGCUUAUUUACGAAAUUUUAAAUCCGAGGCUGUUAUCCCUGUGCUCAUGAGCAUCAUAGAGAGAAACUUAUUGGAAGUGAUCUUUGGGGAUGUUCUUGUAAUGGCUUUUCGUGUACUUUCGUUAGUAUUAGAAUUUGUGCCUUCCUCCUACAAUAUGGACGAGGAGCAUCACAUCUCUCUUUUAAAGCUCGCUUCCCAGUCGCUGCGCAGAACUUUAAGUCUUGAGUUGUCCUUUAUUAACUACAGCUCCGACGUUCUUAUUGAAGAAUGUUUGCGCGUGAUUCGCUUUGUUGGAAAGGACGAUCGGACUGGGAUGAGUUUAUCGGUCAUCUAUGUUGAGGAUCUUCUUCAUUUAUGCUAUAAUGAGCACGUCCUGGUCGCGCGGCAGGGGUUGGAGACAUUUCUAACGUUGUGUUCUAAGGUAGUGUUGCCAUCGGAGAUCAAACGAUCUUGGGAUUCCGGCGUAUUGGGGCUUUUUCGAUCUGAGUGGCAGAGUAAAUCUGCGCGGCAAAGGUUUCAGAGAACGGAACCCCCCCGUUGUAAACACUUGAUUGUGGUAAAUGUGGAGAAUAUUAUUGGGCCGUCUUUGUUGGGAUUAAUUGAGAAAUUUUGUGGCCUCGACUUCAUCCCUGAAGUGUGGAGUUUAUUCGAGCUUGCAGUCCAAUGUUUGGGAACGCUCAUCGAGCGCGCUUUGCUUUGCUACAGACCGAGCACUGCGAGGGCGAUAAGCUACGAUACCCUCCCCGCGCUCAUCUUCAAGGUGAUUUCUAAAAUCAAUCUAAAUACAGUACUCACGACAAACUCGCGCAACGAACGAAUAUUGUUGUGUGAGACCUUUCUGUCUAUUCUAGCAAGCAGCAAUCGUAAGCUUAUAGCGGAAAAUUUACUUGAGCCCAAUAGCAAGGACUUCUUUCGUUCCCUUUUCGAGCACACUGAAGUUAGCAUCACCACCUCUCUGGAGGAUCCUUUCACUAGAGUGAACGAGAGUGGAGCUCACAAAACCCAGUUUCGUGAUAAAGAUAAUAUCAUCACUAUAUCCGCCAUCCAUCUUUUUAUUUCCGCACUCCCUCAAGUUCCGUUAGAAGCCUUUGGGAGGAGACCGAAGUUCCCCUUGCCGGUGCACCAUUGGAUGUGGGAGGAUGAGAUGAGACAUUCGAAUCAGAUCAAUGAAACACAUUGUAUGUGCUUGGAGAUAGACUAUUUCAAACUCUCCCACGAGGCACUUAUCACUGCCCACGCAAAGGUGCUUCCCGCGGAUUUGCAUCAGAUGACGCUUUUUCGCGGGUCUGAAGACAACUACCGCAACAUCUUUCGCUGCUUUACGCCAUUUGUGUACCGUUACGUGGAUGAGAAAUCUUUACGACCUGUGUUGGAGGCGGUAAAGGAGGCGGGUCCGCAGCCAAUGCAAGUACCUCGAAAAACUGCCUUAGAUUUUCUUGACUGCUCAAAAGGUAGCAAUGAUUACGCUUUGAAUCGUAAACGAGCGAAUAUCUUGAAAAUUAAUGGUGAGUUUGACAAACACAACGUGAGCUUAGAUCAGUUUGAUGGCAAUAACUUAACCCAGAAUUUAAUAAACAAAGAGGGCGUUCCGAAAGUCAGUUCCAAUACGAUUCCGGAGCAGUAUUUGAUUCCUUUUUGUAAGUACGCCAGCCAGGCACCCGGGCAAAUGGCAAAAGAGCUUGCAAUAUGGGCUUGUGCUGCAGUACUGCAGAUGUGCCUUCUCGCUGAAUCCACUCAACCUCCGAUGGAGAAGCUUUUAGAUACCGCCAUGCUGCCCUUGUGCGAAAUGUUUCAAAAGCUACUGAAAAAUGUUGGCAAAUCCACCAUGGCGUUGGUGUUGUCUAUGAUUGAGUGGCUUUUCUAUCGUGAUACUACCGACCCUUUAAGUUUUUGCAGGGCUUGUGUAAGAAGCGGGCUUUUAGAACUGCUGACAACUUUUUGUUCUAAAACUUAUGCCGUUGGUACUUUCCAGAAGCAGUUUUUUAAGAAGUCCUUAGAAAAAAGGAGUGAUAAACUGCGCUCAGAGAUAGUGAUGAGGUUAGAAAAAAAAUCGUCUUUCUGCGGGAGUCCUAAGCUCUUUGAAAAGACUCCUGGAAAUGAACACGUUUUGGAAAUGUCUGACGCUGUGAUCUUACAGCGUGCGCUCAAUACAAUCAAGGAAAUCACAAUUUCUACAUCAAAUGACUCUGAUCUCACCAGUAAACCAAUGAACCUGGGCGCGGAUUGCGAACCUUUACCUAUAUUUGAACGGAAGGUGCUUCACAACUUCUUUGUCGCUCUUAAGGACUCUUCAACCUUGACUUCAUAUGAGCUCCAGAGUCUAAAUUUUGCUUCUGUUAUUUUGCGGUACCUUUUGAACGGUAAGACGAUGGAAGAUCUCUUUGGAGGGGAGUUUGUUUAUCUUUCUGGUGCAUCAGGAUCGACCCUUUCGCCUACAUUUACCGAUAGCGCACCCGGGUUAUCUUCGAUCUUGAAUAAACAACAGCUUCAGUGGAUAGAUAUGUUGAAUCGUGAUACUUAUAUCGCGCGGCUGCUCGACCUCCACAGCCAUCAGCCGCGUGUUCGAUAUUUUUUAGAAUGCGCACGCCAAAUACCUGAGGCUUCAGAACUUCUUAUUCGUUUUCUCAUUGAAUCCUUGAGUCUCAAUAACGAGCUUCCACUUAUUGAAUCUAUUGCUUUUCCCGGCAGUGUCAAGCCUAUAACGCCCGCUUCCGCAUUGGACGCUCUAAGCAACAUCUCGCCGUGCGUAGCACUGUGCUCGAAGGCUAGCAGAGUGGGCCCGCGCACGUCUGUUAAGGAGCCAACCCCACAAGUAAAGCGAAAGAGUUCGCUCCUUAACGAAAAUCAUGCUUCUAAAUCCGACGUUUAUCCCCUUAGGCAGCAGGAAAGCACUACCAGAGUUGAGUCCACGAAUAGUUUGCAUAGCCUUCACCUCGAUGCUGCGGAUACCGCUCAUAGACGGCCAAGUAGACUGUCUGAGGUGGUAAUAGCGCCAAAUGAUCUCUCCUGGGGUAUCAAGGCAUUUACUGCUGGACCUCAACGCAUCACGAAUAAUUCAUAUAUUCGCUCCUCUCCCGAACGCAAAUGCAGCUGCCACACGCAACGAGGACCUAUUUUAGACAUUUUCAGUGAUUCGCAUCAUUACAUCACUCAUGAAUCACUAAAAAAGCGGCAGGUUUCGUCCUUAGAACGUUUGCACAAGGAUCGCAUACACCUCUUUGCGUCUGUGGGCGAUAUCGAGCGUUUCUUUCGCAUCGGGACGGCCUCAUCAAAAGGUACGCAAACCGCACCAGGUCCUGCGACUGCAUUUAACAUGGAUAAACUACUUGCGCGCACAGAGUCCUUUUUGGAAAGCCAAUUAGCUUUCCCGAGCGCGGCAGGAAAGGGUGUCGUGGAAGUGGUAAAGUUGUUGAGGUCGAACCCUCCCCUUCUGCAAAGCGAGUUGGAAAAGUUGGUCUUGUCGCUUCAAACGCGGCGAAGCUCGUGCGUCUGGACCCCUUUGGAGCCGCCUGGAAAGGCUCGUGGGGAGUCGGUCGAGGUUAUCUCGCCGCGUUUAUCCGACGAGCAGGCCGCCCUCACCGUGCCGCUGUUGCUCCAAGCGAUCGAGGAGCGCUAUGUGCUGUACCGUCCGUUCACCUGCGGGCCAUGCCCCUUGCAGUCCACCUUCCUCAGCCACCUUUACCACCAGUGCGUGGUGACGGGGGACCAUGCGGCGCUCGGGCAGCUCGAGGCCGGGCUGCUCGCCGUGGACGACACGCGGAAGGGCUCGGAGGUGCGGGGAAACCCGCCGCGACCCGCCGCAAGCACUGCGACGGGCGGGCUGAUCUCGCCGCGGCAGGUCGUCGUUUUUCACCACUUUGAAACGGACCUCGAUGAGCGGUGUGCCUGUGGGGCCUAUAGCCGGGUGGAUUUUGCAUCGGUGGAGGUAGGGGUGGGGGUGGCGACGACGACGCUGCCGAAGCUCGCGCGCUCCGCGGAUGCGCUUUUGUUGGUGUAUCUACACCACUGCUUCCGCACGUUUGACGGCACCGAAGAUGUGAACGCCGCGAAGGCGCUUUGGUUGCGGUUGAAACGCGGCAACGCUUUUGUGAGCUCUGUCAUAACCGCUGCCGCGAUCAACUCUCUCCGGACAUCCGCGCUGCGGGUAAGUGUGCUUCCCCCACAGUACGCCUUACCACGGUGGUUGAACUUCGUCUUCAAUCACGCCUACUUCUUGCUUCCGAAGCAGGUGCGUCAUCACGCGGCGCGGUUCCUUGCGUACGGCGCGCGUCGUUUUCUCGUGAAUCAUAUGCAAACAUCUCGUUACAACCGCUUCACUCGCUGCGGAACUUUACUCCCCGGGGAGUGGACGAGGGCGUCGAAUCACAAAUUCACCGUGGAUCGCUCUCGCCUCCUGCAGGACGCGUACACGGUGCUUUGCAAGUCCUCCGACCUACGGCUACCCAUCUCACUAGAGUUUAUCGGCGAUCUUGGUGUUGGGCAGGGGCCUACCGCGCAGUUUUACAGCUUGCUUGCGAAGGAACUCUGCAAAGAGAGGCUGCGGCUUUGGCGCAAUACGGGGUUGUCAGUGGAGGAUUUGGAGCAGACGAAAGAUGCCACACGUUCGAAACCACUGGGAAAGCCAUCAUACGCAUCGAAAAAUUCAACUGUAGAGGUCAAAGUUACCCGAUUUCCCACACCAAAAAAAUCACGUUGCCCUCGAAGGAUCGCAAAAGCUGCUUACGAACAUUUGGAACGAACUCCUAGUAACGAGGUACUUAUUAUCCCCCCGCCUGAGGGACUAUUUCCUUCGUCUAGCUGCUUUGAACCCGUCCUUUCACAAUCAUCUAACGUGUCUUUUUCGUGGAAACCCUCGCCGUUGUUGAAGGCGGCUCCCCAAAAACAUCUGAAACGACGAUCCAAUUCAGCAUCUUACCUCCACAAAGGCUCCGUGGGAAGGCUAAAAGACUCAUCUCCAGAAGGGGAUAUUUCUUUUGCAUCUCACGACCGAACUGUCUUUAGCGACCCGCGGGCGGUGCUAUACGAUUAUGUGCAGCAUCAGCGAGACCAGGCGAAAGCGUUUUACGUCGUCGGCGCCGUCCUGGGAAGGGUUUUUGUGGACGACCAAGUCUUUCCGCUGAGUUUAUCGCCUGCGCUUUCGAUAUUUGCUCGUCGGGGGUUGAUGCCAUUUAGCCUGACGUUGAAAUCAGGGUUUGAUCUGGAUAUGAGCUCGGAAACCCCCUUUGAUCUACUGGAGCUCCCCUCUAGCACGGUGGGGUUGGUUGACCAAGCAGUUUCCAGAACAUUACAAAUGCUAGAUAAAAUGGAUAACUCGACGCUGAAAUCGCUGGAAAUCUUCUUCACCCUUCCGGGGGACGAUUCUUUUGAGCUCAUUCCUGGUGGAUCGAAGCUGAAGGUGACCAAGCGGAAUUUACAACGCUAUAAGCGCCGCGUGACGAGCGCUAUGAUUUACGAGUCUGUCCAGCUGCCCUUGAGGCUUUUCACGAGGGGUUUCGCCGACGUUGUUCCUCCCACUGCGUUUAGUAUGCUGGAUGAGGAGGAGCUGAUGGCUCUACUUUGCGGAGCUGACAAGCACCCCAACGAGCCGCUAUGGAGUGAGGAGGAGAUUAGCUCCGUAUUGGUGGGCGAUCACGGCUACAGGAGCAACUCCCCGCAGCUUAAGAUGCUUGCUCACAUCCUGAGCGCCCGUUUCACUCCGGAACAGCAGCGCGCGUUUUUGCAAUUUUGCACCGGCUGCCCGUCUCUUCCGCUCGGGGGGGUGUCUGCACUUGGCGUGAUCACCGUCGUGAAAAGCUCGACCGCCUUCUCAAACAUGGAGAAUUUGGAGGGGUUGCAGGAUAUAUCGGUGUUGUUUAAUAACGCCCCGGAUAAUUCUCUCGAUCCGACGACUCCACAAGGAGGGGAUGGUGCGAAAUUAGCCUUCAAAGGGAAAAUAUCCGAGGAUGCGGGCCGGAAAGCCUCUCUCAUGGCGUCGAACACGGUUUCACUUCGUGCGUUAGAGUUCACAACUGGGGAGAACGGAAACAGUCCAGAAAUGGAAUCCCACCGCGAGGAGGAAUGGCCACUCCCCUCCGUGAACACGUGCUUCCGCUACCUAAAGUUGCCACCUUAUCCAACCGAAGAGCUCAUGUUUAAAAAACUUCAACUAAGCAUCUCCUAUAGUGGCGACACCUUUGAGCUUUCUUAA